AUGAGGGCCGACGGGGAAACCCCUUUCCCGCCCCUCUACAAAGGCCCACCGCCGUGUGCAGCCAUGGACGCAGAGCGCGUGGACCCAGCCUUCUGCCGCGCCCUGCGGACCGAUCCCUGCCGACGCUCCAUACAGGAUCUGCAGGUGAUCUACUAUGGGCUGCGGGGCCUGGAGGCGCUGUCCGCCAUCAGGGACUCCGUGCUGCGCGCCAUGUGCCGCGCCGUGCGGUACGAGAGGCACGACGCCAACGACGUCCUCUACUACACUGGCGAACUAUCGACGUGCUGGUACAUCUUGCUGUCCGGUUCCGUGUUCAUCGAUGGCUCCAUGUUCCUGCCGCGAUCCAGGUCAGUGCGCACCGCAGAACACACUAUAGUAUAA